AUGGACUUCGAGCCCGGGAUUGCCGAUUUCCGGAUUUCCAGAAUCCUCAACUACGAUGACAUGAGUCAUGGAUUCAGCACCUCCAACUUGCAAGGAUCCAUCGACUACAUGCCACCAGAGUAUGCAUUACGUGGGAGAAUGACAGCUAGGGGAGACGUGUAUAGAUACGGAGUUGUGAUUUUAGAAAUGAUAUCAGGCCACAAUCCAAUGUCGGAGAUGUUUAGAGAGGAAAACACACUUCCAGAGUGGGCACUGAGGACAUCCGUGGAUGGCACACCAUUUGAAGUAAUUGCUACUCACUUUCAUAUAAUUGAAGGCACGGCAGAAGAGAGUGAGCAACAAAUGAUUAAUAUGAUGCAGCUGGGAUUGGCUUGCACUUCUUCCAGACCUGAAAAUCGCCCGAAUCUCCGACGACAUUACAACACCUAG